AUGCUCACGCUCAGAGCCUAUCUUCUCCCCUCACUCUAUGGAGUCUGUCAAAACCCGGCCGUCCGCCAAGAAUGGAGAACACUGUCCAGUGAUCAGCAGCUGCACUACAUCGAUGCUGUGUCGUGCCUAAUGCGCCAACCCUCGGCCGUCGACCCGAGGACGUCUCUUUACGACGACUUUAUAUACACACACCUGAAAGCUGGGAGCUAUUCCCACUACGCCGCCGCCUUCCUCGCGUGGCACCGAUUAUUCAUCCACCACUAUGAGCAGACAUUGAAGAGUGCUUGCGGGUUCAAGGGACAGCUGCCGUACUGGGAUUGGACGCUCGAUUGGGACGACCUGUCCUCUUCCCCUGUUUGGGAAGUCGUCUAUGGAUUUGGAGGUGACGGGUCCGCAGAAGGCGAGGUCGUGCUCCAGAAUGGCCGCUGCGUUACCGACGGACCUUUCGCAAACAGCAUACGUGCGUACAAAGCGAUCAGAGGAGAAGGCGACAAUGUGGCACACGAGGUAUCCUUUGAUCCUCAUUGCCUCAGUAGAGGUUUCAAGAACGACUCGUUGCUGGAUACCCUGCAAUCACUCGUGUCUCCAUCAAGCGUGCAAGAGGUUCUGGCGCAGCCGGACUAUGAGGCGUUCUUCGAAGCCUUUGAGACUGGAGCACACAACGCUAUCCCUCAAUUCAUCUCUGGAGACUUUUUGUCCUUCGGAGCUCCCAAUGAUCCUGUGUUUUGGUUGCAUCAUACCCAGGUCGAUCGGCUGUGGUGGCUGUGGCAGCAGCAAGAACCCGAUACACGUUUGAAGCAAUUUGGCGGACCUACCCGCGACUUUCGAUAUACAGAUGGCGGCAACGCAUCUUCGUUGCAAGACAAUCUUCCGAUGGCGGGUCUGUUCGGAGAGCAGAGUGUGGCGGAGGUGAUGAAUGCCGAGAACGGAAUACUCUGCUAUCGAUACUGA